AUGACUGAAAUGAUUCUACAGGCCACUUUCGCGCGCAAGCCGCAUCACUCACCCGACAUAUUGAGCGACGCGGACCGCCUCCAAUCAGCCUGCGGUAAGGAGUGUGAGGUUGAUAUUAUCGCCAACAAGCUUCAAGUUACGGUCAGUACAGAUUGUAAAGACAAAGAGGUUGUCAUGACUGGUCUUACGAUCAAGAUGGAGCAGGAAAAGCUGUUUGAGGACUGGGAGCUUGUGCCAGGAUGGACUUGGAAGCCUGAGAAGAAGGAGCAUUGCUGUUGGAUUCUUUAG